ACAGCCCUGUGAUCAUUAAUUCCACUUCAAUCCCCUUAUCCGAAAGACAGACAUUAAUGAGUCUCAGUGCUGGCCCUUCUCAGUACCUUGCUGUUUGCCCCUGUCAUUGUGAAGUGUUACAUAUCGCUAAGUGGCGUACAACAGGCCGGCUUGUGCACACAGCGGGAAAAGGUGUGGUCACACCUGUUGAUUACUUGGAGGAAUGAGACAGGCAGGGAAACAGGGAGUGGAGGGACAGAGCGCUGAAGGAAUCGGCAGGAAUCUCAAGGCGUGACAGUAUCCCAGCCCAGGCUGAGUGAACAGUUUCAGUAUGAGUAAUAAUCAGGUACGCUCAGUUUCACAGGGAAGCGCUCCCGUCUACGACAACAGAGGGUUCCAGCAUGGCGAAACAAGACCCCCUCCAUUCAGCCCACAGAAUGCGAUGUACCCUGCCCUCCCACAAGAGACCCCCACCUAUGUCCCCACAACUUUUGGACCCUCCAUCAACACCCACCACACUACCCCACCUGAAAUGCCUCAUAACACAGGACAAAGGAAAGGGAGAAAGAGAUGCAACAGCAAACUCAUCCUGUGUGUGUCUCUGUGUGUGGUUCUCGUCAUGGCAGUGGUCGGCAUCUUGCUCUGGUACUUCUUAUACUACCAGUGUUUGCUGGGGAUGUCAUGCAGAAGCGGUGGGAAGUGUCUGAGCUCGUCGCAGUGGUGUGAUGGUGUCAGUGACUGUCCAAACGGAGAGGAUGAAUCUCAGUGCUUUCGUCUUCAUGGGACCAACUCCAUACUGGAGAGUUACUCAUCAGCCAACCAGAGGUGGAUGCCCGUGUGCGCUGAGAAGUGGAACAACGACUAUGGGAAGACUGUGUGCGAGCAGAUGGGCUACAUGAGGAAGGAUUAUGUGGACUCAAGCCAAACCAGUGCAGGUUCUUUGGCCUCCGAAGGAUACAUGAAGCUGAAGCCUGAGAGUACCCAUAAAUCAAAAAUACAAUCACAGCUCAUUUACAGCCAAAGGUGCUACACCAGAGCGAUCAAACUUAAUUGUAUAGCAUGUGGAGUGAGCUCAGCAGCCCCCAGUACUCGUAUCGUAGGUGGUACGGAGGCUGUGAAUGGAGCGUGGCCGUGGCAGGUCAGUCUCCAGAUUCGUGGUCAACACCUCUGUGGAGGUUCCAUCAUCAGCCCUUACUGGAUCGUGUCUGCUGCACACUGCUUCCAAGAGUACUCCAAUCCUGGCAACUGGAGGGUUUACUCUGGUGACGUGAACCUGAUUAAAAUGAGCUUUGGCUCUGGGAUAGCUGUCCACAAAAUCAUUAAUCAUGAAAAUUACAACGCAGAAACUAAUGACAAUGACAUCGCCCUACUAAAGCUCAACACACCUCUGACUUUUACAAGCACAGUGAAGCCAGUGUGUCUCCCCACCUUUGGACUGAAUAUCUCCCCUGGACGUCAAGCCUGGAUCACAGGAUGGGGAGCAUUGCGCUCGUCUGGACCCUCCCCUAAUAUACUAAACCAGGCCCAGAUCACCAUUUACAGCAGAGAGACGUGUAACAUUCCUCAGGUGUUAGAUGGACAAGUGAGUCAGACCAUGAUCUGUGCUGGGAAACUGCAGGGAGGAGUCGACUCGUGUCAGGGUGACAGUGGAGGGCCUAUGGUGGUAAAAGAGGGAAAUGUAUGGUGGCUGGCAGGGGACACUAGCUGGGGGUUUGGAUGUGCUUGGAAGAACAAGCCAGGAGUCUACGGCAACGUAACCUACUUCACUGACUGGGUACAUGGAGAAAUGCAGAAAAACUGAUGGAAACAUCAACAAACAUGAAGAAAUACCUCUUUGAUUAAUCGGUGGUACUCACACACUUUGCACUUUCAAUCCAAAGGAAGAAAGGUUUACACACAAAAAAACCUGAUCAUUCAAUUAUUUUUCUAUAGCAGUUAUGACUCCAGAUUUAAUCUUUGUAUUAGAACCAAAUCAAGCUAUUUUGUAUUAAUAAAACAAAUUUCACACAAAA